AUGAGUUCUGAUUCCAAGAAGUCGUCUCCUAGUGGAUCUGAGAAGUCUUUGCCGCAAGAGGAGUAUCUAAACAAGAUAAAUGAAGUGAGGACAUUACUAGGACCACUGAAUGAGAAAUCAUCCGAGUAUUGUUCAGACGCUACCAUCACACGGUACUUAGCUGCUCGUAAUGGCCACGUCAACAAAGCAACUAAAAUGCUUAAAGAAACCUUAAAAUGGAGAAUGCAAUACAAACCGGAAGAGAUUCGUUGGGAGGAGAUUGCGAGAGAAGCUGAGACCGGGAAGAUAUACAGAGCGAACUGUACCGAUAAGCAUGGAAGAACAGUUUUGGUGAUGAAACCAAGUAGCCAGAACACGAAAUCUCCAAAGGGACAGAUACGGUUCUUGGUCUACUGCAUGGAAAACGCAAUCUUGAAUCUACCGGAAGACCAAGAACAAAUGGUUUGGCUGAUCGAUUUCCACGGUUUCAACAUGUCUCAUAUUUCAGUCAAAGUGUCUAGAGAAACUGCUCAUGUGUUGCAAGAGCAUUACCCUGAACGCUUAGGCUGUGCCAUACUCUACAAUCCUCCUAAGGUUUUCGAACCCUUCUAUAGGAUGGUGAAACCGUUUCUUGAUGCAAAGACACGGAACAAGGUGAGAUUUGUCUACUCAGAUGAUGAGAUAAGCAAGAAGGUUCUUGAGGAUAUUUUUGAUUUGGAGCAACUUGACGUUGCGUUUGGUGGGAGAAACAGCGAUUCGAGUUUCGAUUUUGAGAAGUAUGCUGAGAGGAUGAGAGAGGAUGAUUUGAAGUUUUUUGGUAACACCACAACAGUGUCAUCAACCUCAGCUCAUUUGAGCAACUCUGAUUCUGAGGUUUCAGACUCUGAAGAGAAGCAUUCGGAGGGGAAAGAGAUGAUCAAGAACGGAAGUUUGGAGUCCUCUUUAGAUACAACAAAAACUUAA